UAAUUUCCACACACUUGUCCGUACUUGCCUAUAUAAACAAACAUACACACCCUCAUAAAAAAUAUACCAGCGUUUCACAUUCACGCCCUUCAUAUCACAUAAUACACAAACUCGUAACCUUUGUCUAAUAACGAUCUAGGGGUGAGCAUAUAGUAAAACUUUCUGAUUCUGUUUACAUACAUGGCUGAUGAGUUUCAAGCUACGGCAGCAAUUUGCGGUAGCGGAGGCGGUGCUUGGUGGAGCUCGCCGAGAAGCGUUAUGUCUCCUUCGGAUCAUUUCUUGUCGCCUUAUUUCGGAGCUACAAUCACUUCCGAUGAUUUUGGCUUUCAAGAGAAUAAUAUCAAAUCUAGGAAUACUUGUACAGACAACAACAUCAUUUCUGGGCAGCGAGAGGCCGAUUCCGACAGUGGAGGAAGCACCGUGACGAUUGACUCGACGAUGCAAAUGAUGGGUCUAGGGUUUUCCUCGAACUCUUCUUCAGAUUGGAACCACACAAUUUUACAGGAAGACUUAAACUCAAGCUUCUUAAGGAGCUCACAAAAUCAUGGCCAAGGAUUCUCAUCGACAACUGCUUCACCUUAUCUUCUUAAUCCAGCUUGCUCUUCAACUUCUUCUUCCUCGAGCUUGUUACGAACCUUUUAUGAUCCCGAACCGAACCCGUACAGCUUCGUUUCCACCACUAGCUGCUCCUUAAACAACCCUCACGCCUCUUGGGCUAAUAAAAAGAUAAAUCCUAAUCAUCAAGCUUCUUAUGGACUAAUUAACAACUUCUCUGACAACACAAACUCUCUACCCUUUUGGAGUUCUUCAUUAACCACUAACUUAAAUAACACGACGCAUAACAGUUAUGUAACCACUCCGCUGAUAAUACCCCCUCGUGUUGACGAUAAAACCAAGACAAGAGGCCAGAGUGAGUCUUUGAAGAGAGGAAAGUACAAUGAACCUGCGUCGAAGAAACAGAGAGUUACCACGCCUUCACCCUUGCCAAAUUUUAAGGUGAGAAAAGAGAACCUAAGGGACCAGAUUACUUCAUUGCAACAGCUGGUUUCACCUUUCGGAAAGACAGAUACCGCAUCGGUUCUCCAAGAAGCUAUAGAGUACAUCAAGUUCCUUCACGAUCAAGUCACUGUUCUAAGUACUCCAUACAUGAAACAAGGUGCCCCGAUCCAUCAACAACAGCAGGAUGGAAACGAUAAUCAAGAACUAAGAGCACACGGUCUAUGUCUCGUCCCGAUAUCAAGCACUUUUCCGGUGGCUAAUGAAACAACCGCCGAUUUUUGGACACCGACGUUUGGGGGAAACAAUUUCAGAAAAAUAAAAUUCGCAAGUCAUGAUCAAAGAUUGAAUCAUUACUUGGAGAAAAAGUAGAGAUGGAAGAGGAAGGUGACUCUUCAAAGGUGGCAGAGACAACUAUGGUGUUGGAGGGGACCAACUACAAAAGCAAGAAUGAUUUAGGGCUUAGAAAAUGGAAUUACCUAUAUAAACGUUUUAGAAAAAGAAACAUACAUACUUUAAUAUAAACGUUUUUACAUGUAAUAAUUACGACUUUUUUUUACUUCUGUAUAGGUGAAUAAAGAGAGAGGGUUGUGGUUGUCAAGACGGAUCGGAACAUAUGCUAAAUUCAGCUUGCAAACUCUAAAGCAUGGAUAUAAUUUUAAUGUAUUUUCUUCUUCUUUUCUUGUCUUUUAAUCUUGUAUUUCGUAGGGAGUUUUAUUGCUGAAUUUAGCAGAUAUGGGUUGUUUUAUGUUGAAGAACCUUUUGUUCCUGUCCUUGUUCUUGAAUUUAUAUAUAAACAUAUUUUUGCCGUUGGUGCC